AUGGACAUGCUGGUCGCCUGGGGAAACACCUUACUGCCUUCCCACUCCUGUCGCAGAGGACAGUACGACUUUACCCCCAGACAACCUCGUACCACGAUUACUCGUAGUGCGGGGUCUCGCUGCUCUUGGUCUGGCUGCUCUCCUUUGGCCUUCCUGGCAUGGUUGCACCUUGUGAAACGAAGUUCCAGCCAGUGUAGCCCGCGGGAUCGUUGCAGCACUCAAGCCCGACCACCACGUCAAGGUGGCAGCUCUGUUGAAGCACGUGAACGUCGUGCCGCCAAAAAGAAGGAAGAACAGCUAAAAAAGGAACGCGAAGCGGAGGAAGCCUACUGGAAAGAGGAUGACAAACACGCAAUUAGGAAGAUACAACGAAAGGAUGAGAGGGAUGACAAACGGCAAGAAGAACUAGACCGAAAAAAGGAACUAAAGCGGAUAUAUGAAGAAGAGAUGGCAAAUGCAAAAAAUAUCAAGGGUGCCUCGGGUAAAGCAACGCAGUCGAACAAGUUGACUCAGGCUCAGAUAGCAGCGGCUCGAGCUAAUCUUGCUGCGCAGCUUGCGGCUUUGAAUAAGAAGAAUCAAGAACAGUCAGAACAAGAACUCGCGCCAAAUCCGAAUCGUGUUGAAGUAGACGGUGCGGAGGCCAGGACGGUCGAAGAUGCCAUAGCGAUCCUUAAUGUGGAUGACGACUCCACGGCGGACCUGGACCGUCACCCUGAGCGCAGACUAAAAGCUGCCUACUCUGCUUACGAAGAGAAGAUGUUGCCGAUACUUCGUGAGGAGAAUCCGGGUCUGAGAAUUUCCCAGCUAAAGCAAAUGAUAUUCAAGAAGUUUCAGACUGCCCCUGAGAAUCCAAAGAAUCAGAUCCACAGCUCAUACAACGCGGGUCGACAGCAGUGAGGAUCAGUUUGAAGCAAAAUCUCACUGGUAUCGUCCGUGUACUGUCAGAACAACAUUACUACGACUACUAUUCCCUCUCAUACCACGAGCCACAGCUUUUUUCUCCAGUUCUGUACAAUCACGAAUACAUGUUUUUUUUGUGUCUAGGGUAGUGUGAUCUCGUUGGUUCUCGUGUCGAAAUUGUGUUGUUUUUUGCAUCCGGGACCCUGGUGGUUGACCGAAACUUGCGGAUAGUCUUUGAUUUUUUGUCCAACCCACCCUGAGUGCUCUCUCCAAAUGAUUUCAUCCACUAGUCAGUCACCUGACUAUGAUGAACACCGUACCCGAACACUGAGCUACAAUAAAACGGAAA